GCUUCACAAAAACAUUUCAAAGUAGUUUCACUUUCCAAACGUCCCUGGAAGGAGGAAGGGGGAAACCAUUUGUAAGAUAUAUACAAAAAUAUACACCGGACUCAAUCUCCACACCUGGAAUCCCCACAGACUGUUGACCUGUCAGAUCCUCUGUCUCACAUCUGGCUGCACAUCUGGACUCGUUGAGUCCCUCUAUGAUGGACCCGCUGGACUUCCUGAAGCCGGAGGUUCUGCUGCGCUUCUUCCACUGUAACAAAACAGUGAUGUCCUGCAUGGAGAACCCGCACACGUUCCUUUGCCAACUGCGGGACCACGACCUGAUCCCGGAGGACAGGUACACGAGAGUGAGUGGCAUGAAGAAAAAAGAAAACCUGAGGAAAGCCCUGUAUGACGUGCUGGACUGGUUGGAGCGGGAGCGAUCCCAGCACAUCAACCUGUUCUGGAGAUAUGUUUUUGAAGACCCCAUCCUGAAGGUCUACCCAACCCUGAUACGGCUGCGUAACAGCCUCAUGGACGGAUCUUUCGAGAAGACAGAGACAGACGAAAGGAAAAGGAAGGAGCUCUAUGAAGUUGAGGAGGAAGAGGAGGAGCAGGGGAGCUCAGUGAAAAAGAAGAGGAAGCUGUUAAGGGGGAGCAUGUGCGAGGAUGAUGAUGAGGAGCAGCCUGGUCCUUCCUCUCAGCUGCCUCCACGUCGGAGGAAAAAGUCAGAGAAAGUCAAUUCUCAUAUGAAGAAAGGAAAGAAAAGGCACAUUUUGACUUUGCCACUUAAUAAGACUCAGCUUCCUGUGACAUGUGGAUCCAAGAAGGGGAUGCUGAGCAGGGAGCGCCUGGCGAAAGGGGAGAAGUGCAUCAUGUUCCAGAAACAGUGGUUUACUCCCAUUGAAUAUGAGAAGUUUGCAGGGAAGGGAAGCUCAAAGAACUGGAAGUCCAGCAUUAAGUGUAUGGGUUCCCCCCUGGCAAGACUUAUAAAGGACGGGCACCUGAAAUCAGCAGCAUUCAAAAGACGCCAUAAAACGGAUUCUAGACGGUCCAACAGAUCCCUGUUUCCAUCUGAUGGUGCAAUCACAGUGUCUGAGGAAGAAGAAGAGGAUGACGAUGAUAGUGAUGAUGAUGAUGAUGAUGAUGAUGGAAAUGAAAAUGAGGAGGAUGAUCUGGACAACCAGGAGGACGGGGUUCCUUAUAGCAACAAAGAGAAUUCUACGGACGUCACAGAUGAAGAUGAAGCGACUGAGAACCAGACGGAGACAGAAGUGGGCAAAGUCUUCAAAGUGACAUGUGGAGGUGAAGCUGGGACUUUACACCAAAAACGAUUUGCAUCAGGGACUCGUGGAAAGUGUAUUCGAACAGAGAGGAGCUGGUUGACCCCAAUAGAGUUUUUAAUUGAGGCAUCAAGUCAACAGAGCGGCUGGAAGAGAGACAUCUUGUGUGACGGAAAACCACUCUGUGCUCUCAUAGAGGCGAAGGUCUUGAGGAUCCACUACCUGCUGUGUGAGUGCAGUCUGUGCAGCCAAAAUGAAUCAGAUCUGGAGAACCAGAAAAACGACGAUGAGUGCUGUGUGUGUAAAGGAGGAGAAGCUGAACUGGUGGUGUGUGAUUCUUGUCCUUGUUCCUUCCACCAGAAAUGUCACCUCCCACAUGUAGAUGACAACCUUUUGGGAGAUGACAGGCCGUGGAAGUGUACGUUCUGUGUAACCACUCAGGGGCAGUCCGGUGUUAAGCUGAGAAUGACAGAAGCCCUCACCCACCAGAUCUCAGGACACAUACUGGAAUGUCAGUAUCUCAUCCUGCGUCUGUUCAGUGCUGAUGACCAACAAACCUUUGCUUCAGACCCACGCCUCUACUUGGAAAGUUACUCCAGGUUUGUCCCGACUCCGAUGUGGCUCAGAAAAGUAGCAGAGAAACUCCAGGGGAUUGAAUAUGGAAUGGUUGGAGAUUUUGUGUCUGACGUCAAACUCAUAUUCACCAACUGGGCCUCGUACAACUGGGCUAACCCUGAACUCCUCGCCCUGGGGGACAGACUGCAGCAGUUAUUUCACUCAGAGUUCAAAGUCGUGUUUAACAUCGAUGAACAGAGCGCUGACUGAUGAGCAGGGUUACUUUUUCAAACUCGGUACUCAGUGGGAAAAAAGGCUUAAAAGUUACAGAGACGCUAGUUUACUUGGAUUUUGUGACUUUUUUUUACAGUGUAUUAAUUAAAAUAACUCAGGUGUCCAACUUUAUUCAACUAAACCGGAGAAAGCAUUUUGCAGUGUAGAUUGUAUUUUUUAUCAGUGUAAUUGAAGAUUCAGUAAACCCACUGUUCAGGUUAUGCCACUACUUGUGAAGAGUGGUUAUUAUGGGAUACUUCUGACCAUGUGACAACUCAAUUCAGUACUUUUUUACCAGUUCACCUUCACUGUAAUGACCAAUGUUUAAUAUUCAUGUUUUUUCCUUGUCUACAAAACUGCGUGACUUCUCCUAAUAUACUAUAAAUAAAUGUAUUUUAAAAUGUAUUUUCUCCAAAGCAUUUGCAUCAUGCAAAAUAUCUGGAUUUUCACGUCACUUUACAUAAUUAAAGCAUUGACAUGUUUUAUAUAAAUAUAUAA